AUGGGUUCAAAGGAUUCUCUCAAGUUCGAGGAGGGUGUGAAGGCAGUGUGUGGCCUUCAGGGGUCAACUCCAAAUUCGCUUCUGAGCUCCCUGCCUUGCGAGUUGACAUUCAAUUCGCUGCGGGACUCUGCCAGAAGGCAUUCCAAACAAGAACGGCAGAGCCCUGCAGCAAUGCACUGCGUGGCAUGGCAAUCAGCAGUCAAACAUGGAUUCGGCUGCGAGUCCAUUGAGCUGACGCAUGAGGAUUGGGCCACGCCCGUUGGAAAAGGAGCAGUGAAGAGUUGCAUCCACAGCAGCCUUCGAACAACAGCCAGCGAAAUGGGGAUUUCAUGCGAGGGUCUCACAAAGCACAGAACCAACCGGCAGUACACCAAACCCCAUGUCUUCACCAUGCGCUUGGACUUGUUGUCAACACUUAGCCAAGUGUACAAGCAAAGCAUGGGUGAAGAGAGCGAUCGAAAGGCUGAGGUCGUGGACAUGCACUCCAAGCUGUGGAUUUCGAAGCUCUUCAAUACUGGCACUUUUGUACGACAGAAAGGUGAAAGCGAAAAUCCAACUACUGCAUGCUUGGUGGUUCGAGGAGGCCCCCACACUGUGCAGUGCCUUCAAGUUGAGGCUGCAGAGAUCGGGUACAAGGUGGACCCUGCAAAGGCAUCCUUCGAUGACAAGAUCGUGGUGAAAAUUGACAGUCACGAGAUUGCCCUUUGCCAGCCCGCUGUCAACGAUCAGCUGGUUUGGAAGAGGACAUCAGGAUGGAUGUCAUUGGCUUGCUACGUGGCAGAUCACUCGAUCCUUCAGAUCAGUGCUUCGCUGCUCUCGUCUUUGUGUGCAAAAAUGCGCUUGCAGGGGCAUGCGAGGCUCGAUCACCGCCACAGAGUGGAACUUUUCCUUCGGCAUCUCAACAGGGAUGAGGCCUACAUCAACGAGACCCUUGCUCAGCUACCAGAGACAAAGCGCAAGAAGAGAAAGGCCACAGAGGAAGAUCAGGAGCUCGACCCAGAGCACGAUCCCAUGGACCACUUGGAAGGCCAGUCCUCUGACGAGGAGAUCAUGGAUGUGAAGGUGGAUCUCGAUGAGGACAGAGCGCUGGAGCAGAAGGGGCCCGAUGAUGAAGCAGCUGCUUCAUCCCAUGGCCAGGGUGCAAUGGAUGUUGAAGAAGUGAAGGACCCCAAAGUUGAUGCCAAAAAUGGCCCUAAAGAUUCUUGGAAUCACGUGCUGACCUUGGCGGUGUUCAUGCUCCUGGUGUGGAACGUGCGCGUCCUGAAGGGAAAUUCCCACCAGGGGUGCAGUGCUACCGAAAAGAGCCACUUGCUGCCAAUCCCCUUUUCCAAGUGGUGCUCCCCAAUGGCUUUCGGCACGAAGGAAAACAGUCAAGAGGGGUAUCAUUUGCCGAAGGUGACAAUCUUUUUUCUAAGAAAGGCACCAGUCGCACCCAGUCGCAAGCUGAAAUGGUUUGCAUGA